AUGGCUAAUCAUGUACAGGACGAAGAUGAUGACAGGGGCUUGUUUACAAAUAAAUCCACAAUGAUGGCGAACUUUGAACAGUGGAUCAAGAUGGCUACCGACAACAAGAUUAAUUCGAGCAACAGUUGGAAUUUUGCACUUAUUGACUAUUUUUACGACUUAAACGUACUCAAGGACUCAGAGGACAACAUCAAUUUUCAAAAAGCCUCCGCUACUCUCGACGGCUGCGUAAAGAUUUAUUCCUCCAGAGUCGACUCUGUUGCAAACGAAACAGGGAUUCUGCUAAGUGGAUUGGCACAGCGGAAACACCAGCAGACAGCACAAGGCGAAAACGCUGACGAUGCUGGGGCUACCGGAUCAAAUCAGGGAGCAGAAGGCGGUGUUACAAUAGAUCCCACUACAGGACUACCUAUCUCAAAUGAAGUCGAUAAUAUAAGCCGAAGACGUAACUAUAAUCGAGUUCUGGAGACCACACUCGUAGACUUCGAAAAUCUGCGAAUGCGAGAACUGGACCAAGAGCUAAGCAUUGAUCCUUUGUUCAAAAAAGCGUUAGCUGAUUUUGAUGAAGGCGGCGCCAAAAGUCUACUCAUAAACACUCUCCACAUUGAUAGCUCUGCGAGGAUAGUAUUUGACGCUACGACCAGCCAUGAACUUCAGAAAAAUCCCAAUCACAAUGCAGUGCAGGCUGAUGUCAGUGCUGAAAUAGUUGGACUUAUCACAAAAGAUGGAGACGGAGAUGUGAUUAUGGAUGAAGACCACUCUGAAGAUUACGAAACUAAUGAUAAGUCAGUUCUUCAGGAGAACACCCCAGAGGCACAUAGUAUGGCAAUGGAAGCCAGUGAACCCAUAGCAAAUCAAAGUAUUGACGUGGAGGACGAGAUCCUGGCACUGGGUAUGGACCUGAUUGAUUUUAGGCUCAUAAAUGAGGCUGAAAUAUGCCCUUCCAUGAAAAAGCUACGAGAUGUGGUGACCGACGUGCAUAAAGCAAAGUCAUUUAUCGAUGAUGUCAAUAAGGAGUUCGAUAACUUUCUAACAGAUCAGGACUUGCAAGACGCAAUGCCGGAUGCGGCGGAUGAAAAUGAGGCCAACUUCGACAUUCCUGCUGACAACAGUUUUGGGAUGAACGGAGAGUAUUACGAUGACGAAAACUCUGCAAAUAACGAUCAGGACGGGACUGCGCUGACCAAUAUUUCAGCAAUGGCAGAAGGCGAGAAAUCAGCACCUGAUAUAACAACGAGUGUAAUGGACCGCGACGUGAUGGCGUACUUCGAUGAAACGAUGAAGACUAGUUGGCGGGGCCGGGAACACUGGAAAAUUCGGAAUUUCAAAAAUAGGAUGCAAGCAGCUGCCGGGGAGACACCGAAACCUGAUGGUGAGGCAAAUGAAGGCGAAGCCACAGAGAAGGACAAGGAAGCUCCCAAAGCAAAAAAGCCAAUAAAGCAGAAAUUAUCGAUUGAUUUCUUCAACUUUGAUCACACAAUGGAGGAAAGGAUAUUCGACAAGAAAAAGUCCAACAUUGAAAUGCCUCAAAAGCUACGUACAAACUCAACGCAUUAUUUGCUUCCGAAUGAUUAUCAAUUUUCGACAGAAAAGAUCACAAGGCUCUUCAUCAAGCCUGCCCAACAGAUGAGUUUCUUUUCGCACAGGAAACCAGCUGCAGAUUAUCCAAGAGUCGGUGGUACUAUUAAAAUAGAUGAAACAGACAUAAACGAAGGUAGCGAAAUUCCUGGGCUCGCGGACCAGAAUUUCUGGGCUCAGAACUAUCAAAUGCGAGAACAAGAUAAAGCCGAUGAGGUUGAUGGACCACAUGAGAUGGAGUUUCCAGAAAACGACCUGCCGAAUCCUUUCGACGAUAAUGAUGGUGGUAUUGAUUUCAAUCAGGCAUUCGGAACCGAUGGAUUGGAUGACUCUAAUAGUGCUUCGUUAGAUCUUCGCGCAGGUGGAUCUGCAGGGCUCGCGCAACCUUUAGGAAAACCGGAUGUUAAAGUAACAUACUCCAGAGUUUCGAAGAAAGUUGACGUUAAGCGUCUUAAGGAUAACAUUUGGAGCUCGAUAAGCAAAGCCGUUAAAGAGCGUUUGGGGCAAGAGGAAGCCGAGCAGUCUACGACAAGCGAAAUUGGCGGGGCAGAAUCUGGAGCCAUCGUUAAACUUAAUUUCACGGAUAUUACAGAGCGCAUUAGUAAAAUGUACAGCGGUGAGAGGAAGAAGGAUCUCUCGACAAGUUUCUGCUUCAUCUGUCUAUUGCAUUUGGCCAACGAGCAUGGUUUCGCUGUGGAACCUACUGAAGAGUUUGAUGAUCUCGCUGUAAAAAUUGAAAGGCUGGUAGCGAUUUCUGAGAGUUCUGAAGCGUAUUCAUAG